AUGAAUGAUUUUUAAUUCUUUGUUACAUCAGACCUUCAUCUGGCAGCAGAGCUUGGCAAGACACUUCUUGAAAGGAACAAAGAUCUGGAGGCAAGCCUGCUAGAUACACAACAACAAAAUGACGAACAAGCCAUGCAGAUCGUGUACUUGGAGAAGCAGCUACACAUCCUGCGUGAUGUCACCGAGUCCAAGUCCCACAUCUACGAGCAGCUUGAUUUGAGUUCACAGGAGCUGGAUGCCGAGAACCAGCGGCUUAAACAUGAACUCAAGACUGCUCAGCAGAGGGUUCUAAGGAUGACUGAGACUGUUGAACACCUAGAACAUCAAGUGCAUGACCAAGGAUCCACCAUAGAGCAGCUGAGGGUAGCAGAGAAAGAGCGAUUAAGAGAGCGCAGGCGUCUGGAGCGAGUUCAUGAUGCUAUGGUCUCCAAUGGCUGGGGAGGGCUCCCUCUGAGACGGGCUCACAGCUUUGACUUGGGCAAACCAUCUGUUGACAGCCUGUUUGAAGAAGAGUUAAGUAAUCUGCAAAUCCUUAAUCGCAACCUGAAGCAAGAACUGGCCCUUAAAGAACAGAGAGAGAAUGAGCUGGAGUCUGAACUGGCUGUCAUUGUUCGCGAGAACAAAACCCUGGAGAAUCGCAAUCGCGAGCUGCAGGUGAAAUCCAGGAUGUUUGAAAUCAAGAGAGAUUAUAGGUCCUUGGACAACCUGAAUGAAACUGUCUGCAAGUACUGCGAUAGCGUGAUGACUUUUGGUAGCGAUGAGAAAUCAGAUGACCCUGAUAGGCAUAGCGAGUCGAAUAAUGACAAGGAACUGAAGCGGUGUAGUAGUCUUGACCUGCGACCAAUAGCCGAGGAGCUUGGCCAAGAGUCUAGGUGUCCUUUGCCGAACCAUGACCUGGUCCACUCCAAAUCGGACGGUGUGUCAAUACUUGGUGAGAUUGAUGCCCAAUACCACAACCUCAUGGACAAGUACACCACUCUGCUAACGCGUAGUCGCAGUGCCUCCUUCCAUGAGUCCACCAGCAAACCCAGGACAAAUAGCCUCCGACGCAAGAAAGAUUCAUCAUCCAAGGACGGAGGAGACCUGAGCUCUUCUCCUACCAAGGCUUCCAGCUUGAGCCUCACAGGCUCUUGCCCUUCUUCUUCCAGCUCUCCGAAGCAAGAGACAGCCCCAUGUCCGGUGGACAACCAUUUUGAUACCGGGCCGCCAGAGUAUAAAGCACUCUUUAAAAGGAUAUAUCAGGUUUUGCAUAGACCUCUCAAAAAGCCCAAGCCCAAGCUUGAUAAUUCAUGAAUAAACAGGGUUCACUUAUUAUGGUUAUUAAUGCAGUAUUGAACAAGGUGAAAGAGAUUGAUAAAAGACCCAGACCGGACCCAAAACAGAAAUUGACAAAUUAUACACCAUUUGAAAACUUAGAAACUACUUAACACAGCAAUGCAAGCCUUUAUGCGUUGUCAUUGCUUACCAGCCGAGUAUUUUGCUGAAGUAUUUUCCUUUGCGAAUUAAAAAAAAAAAUUGAAUUCAUGAUCUUUUCGACAUACAAACCUAUAGAUCACCGAUCCCCCCCCCCUCGCAAUAUGACAUCAUGUAAUCCAGGUCGUUUGGAAGCUUGAUAAAGCCUAUAGUCAGAACCUGUUAAUUUGAGUUUUUCUUAAGCAAAAUACUUAGCUGUCAAGCAGUGAAUAUGUGUAAAACACUUUGUAGUUAUAAUUUUCCCUUUUGUCUUUUUCACUUUUAGCUCCGGUCUGGGUCUAUAAGAGAUAGAAACUUGAAAGUCAUAAAUGACGGUUGUACUUAUAAUACUUUCAUUAACAUGAGUUUUAAUUGGUUAAGUUUUAUUACAUUAUUGUUCCAAUAUAUCUACUGUGAAAGCUCUCUGAAGCUAAUAUAAUCUGAGACCUAUAUCCUUUGCUCAACCUUGAGAAGGAAAUGAUUUCAAAUAUAUAUUUUUUGAUGUUGGUGAAUGUGACAACCAGUUCUUCAUACAGUUUUGGUUAACAUAGCAUUUCUAGACUCUGUCAUUUGAAGUGUGUGAUUGCUUCAAAUCAAUCUUGAAUAAAGAAAGAUGAUAAUACAAUAAUUUGUCAUCUAGAACCUGUGUCGACCACUGCGGUGCUGAACAGGUGUGACAAUUACCUUUUCAUGGAUCAUUGAUAAUCAGUCCGCUUGCUAUUCUGGGGGGUGUUUCAAGUAUGACUUAGAGUUGCACAUAAAUGAAGAUGCGUCUAUGAUAUGCAACAUGCAAUCUAAUUGGUCAAUACGCAGUAGUGCGCGUCCUCUUGGCAUGAUGUGACCAAUGUGGUCAUGUCUUUUAUAAUGCACGUGGCUAGGCAUUUAAGUGCGACUCUAAGUCAUACUUCAAUCUUUGUGAACACCCCCCUGGUUUCAAAUUAAAGAGGCAAUGGUUAUUUAUUUUUGGAAGACAUGAGAUUUAUUUUAUUAAAUUGCUUCUAUUUAUAAGAGGAAGAUCAUGUUAAUCAUGCCACUUUCAUUUUCUCCAAUAUCAAUAAUGAAAUCAGGCAAUAAGCCUCAGGAGCUUUUUAAGUAUACAUAUCGGGACAAUCAUUUACAAGGUUUUUUUUUUUAAUGAACCGACAGGUGUAUUUUACUAUAUCUUUUUGCUCUCUGAUGUUCCUUCAAUCUUGCCAUAAUACAGUACCAAAUUAUGAGAAGUGCAAAGCAGUUUUAAAAACAAAAACUAUUCAUAAAAAAUGAGACGGAUGAUAUUGAACUAGAUCUAGGUAAAUUGGAAGAUGGAACAACUACAUUAUGUAAAAAAAAACAAGUGCAACUUUCAUCUAUUUUUUUUUUUUCGAAAGAAGUGUGUUUUAAUGGUUUUCUGCAUUCCAACUAACUCAGUUUGCCUUCAGUGUCUCAAACAUGUUUGUCGCAGUAUUGUCCAAUAAGUAUUAGUCGCUAGGUUCAAUGUAUAGUGUGUGUGUCUGCUGUUGGGUUUUAGGAUGAAGUUAGAGCUUACUUCAGGGUUUCUGAUAUUGAUGUUAUUUACAGUUCAUCUUUCAUUUAUCUCCCUUACAGUGUAAACCAGGUGGGUGUUUCAUAAAGAUAUUCCUAUGUUACGAACGACUAUAUGCAUGACUGGGCCCGUAUUCCAAAGAGAUAUGAUUGAUUCGAUCAACCUCAAGUAUGUGGAAAUCCAUCAAUGUCAUAAUUUUCUUCUGUAGG